UCUUCGGUCGCGAUUAAAAAACGCAUUUUUAUAAGUUUAGCAUUUUAUUUGGUUUUACUUGAGCGUAAACUGCACGCAAAAUUGCUGUCAAUAGUGCGUAGCUUCAAAGCCAUUGUGGAAAAUUAAAUGAAAUAAGGUAAAGUGAACUGCAGAAGGAUUUUCAUUUUUUUGGUGGAAAGAACAUUUAUGGCAGGGCGAAGAUGAGAAAGAAGCAGUGUGUGUUGUGUGAGUGAUAGCGAAACCGGGAGACUUGUGUCGAGUUUUUUUUUUAUUCAGGAGCUGUCAAAGCAAUAAGACGAACAUCAUCGCAGCACACAUUUUCUACGGGUUCCGUCGUUUUUUGCCAAAAGAAGGAAAAUUCCCGACGUUUUUACCUUUUUUUAAACUCGUAGUGCGGACGGCCGGUGAAAAUUGUAAAAAUUCGAUGAAAUUAGUGCGAUUUUCUUUUUUAUUUGCUUUUUAGUUUGCUAUCUGCGUUAUUUUGGAAGAGAACCUGUAGUGAGUUGCAUAAGUUGGAACGCAGGAUUGUGUUUUAUGCGAAGAAGAGUGCACGCACUUCCUGUUUCGAUUUCGGUGAUAGGGCGCAUAUAGCUAAAAAAGCAAAACUCGAUAGUAACGGUGUGGAAGGAAGAAAAUGAAUGCAAAAUCCGACACCAAUCGUCAUGUAUUAACGAUCCAGGCGAAAAAGAAGCGUCAUAAGACGGGAAAGAGAAAGGCAAAACAACAAGCACAGCAAGUAGCAGCGCAGGCAGCCGCAACAGCUCAACAGCAACAGAGUCAGUUGUCGUCUCCCGAUAAUGAGAUGAAUCCGGUUCCGGCGAAUGACAAUCAACAACAGCAGUAUUCGAGCUUAGCCAGCAGCAACAAGAAAAACAGUAGCUCCAACGAAUCGAUUGACGACCGAGAUGAGGACCGGUACCUAGACGAUGCCGCUGGAUACAGCAGUGACGAACGGGAAGGAGAACAGGAGUGUCGGGAAGAUUACUGCCGAGGAGGUUAUCAUCCGGUGAAGUUGGGAGAUUUGUUCCUGCAGAGGUAUCAUGUCAUCAGGAAACUAGGCUGGGGUCACUUCUCUACAGUGUGGCUUAGCUGGGAUUUGGAAGAAAAACGAUAUGUAGCGCUAAAAAUCGUGAAGUCGGCGCAGCAUUUUACAGAUACGGCAAAGGAUGAGAUUCAAAUUUUAAAAUCGAUACGAAACGCGGACCCCGAGGACCCGAAGCGUAACAAGACGGUUCAGUUACUUAACGAUUUUCGGAUUACUGGUGUCAAUGGGACGCACAUUUGUAUGGUGUUUGAAGUGUUGGGGCACAAUCUGCUGAAAUUGAUCCUAAAGAGUAACUAUCGUGGAAUUCCAUUGCCAAACGUGAAAUCGAUUAUCCGACAAGUUCUAGAAGGAUUGGACUAUUUACACACCAAGUGCAAGGUAAUACACACCGACAUUAAACCGGAAAACGUAUUACUGUGUGUCGAUGAGACCUAUAUUAGAAAGUUAGCUUGCGAGGCGACCAAAAUGCACACGAUGGGUUGCCGGUUGCCGUACUCUUUGAUUUCAGCUGCUCCUCCACAGUUUCAGGAGCAACCACUUAGCCAAAAUAUGAGCAAGACUAAGAAGAAAAAACUUAAGAGGAAAGCCAAAAUGCAAUCGGAAUUGAUUCGACAGCAAAUGGAGCAUAUUCAACAACAGGAGUUUGGUACAGCUGGUGCCCUAUUGGAAAAUGGUGCUACCGGUGAAGGCGAGAUGGUCUUGGCCAAGAAGCAAGACUCACAGGAUGAUCGAGAUGAUUGCGAAUCUCCCAUUGUGUCACCAGAAAGUCCUCGAAUGUUACUGCUGAAUGGUGAUCGAUCCGGUACCGGCUCUGGAUCCUCCGGCGAUGAAGAUGAGCCCCCUGUAAAACCGAGCAAUGCAGCAGCGAAUUCUUCCCCCAAUUCAUCCAGUCCGGAUCAGUCUGCUUCCAACAAUAACGAUGAUUCGGUGUUAAAAAAGGCCUCUUCUUCCUCAAUUCCUACUGCCUCGUCUUCGCAACCAACGUCCACAUCUGGGGGCGGAAAACUUGACAUCAGUGAAUCGAUGCAAAAAAUUUUGUCUCGAGUGAAAGAACGAAAAGAUCCGGCCUUCGAAGUGUGCGAUGUAGAAGUAAAAAUUGCUGAUUUAGGUAACGCUUGCUGGGUGGACAAACAUUUUACAGAGGAUAUUCAAACGCGUCAAUAUCGUUCGCUGGAGGUGAUUAUCGGUUCGGGAUACAAUACUUCGGCGGAUAUCUGGAGUACGGCUUGUAUGGCGUUCGAAAUGGCCACCGGGGACUAUCUGUUCGAACCGCACUCCGGUGAUAACUAUUGUCGGGAUGAUGAUCAUAUUGCCCAUAUAAUCGAGCUGUUGGGGCCAAUCCCAAAGCGGAUUGCUCUGUCGGGUCGCAUGUCGAACCAUGCAUUUAACUCGAAGGGUGAGCUGCGAAACAUCUCCGGUCUGAAGCCCUGGGGUUUGGUCGACGUAUUGCGGGAAAAGUACGAGUGGAGCUUGGAAGAUGCGAUUGAGUUCAGUGAUUUCCUUAGCCCCAUGCUGAAUUACGAUCCGAAAACGAGGGCCACUGCCUCCGAGUGUUUACAACAUUCGUGGCUAAAGCAUUGAGACGUUAUUUAAACCGCGUGUGUCUGACUGUGUGCCUGCGCGAGAGAAGUGAAAAAUUGCUAGACAGUUGCGCUCGAUAGUGACAGCAAUCGCAAAGUGAGUCAGGAAAAAAAACAAAUUAAGAAAUGAAAAGGAAUCUUCUGACGGUGAUAGAAAUAGAGGAGCCAUAAAUGAUAUUGCAAGUGUAUAGACGGAAAACGGCGGAAGGAUACUGUAGUGACUAGUGAAUCGCCAAGGAUGGUGGGAAAGCGGAGACCGAGACGGUACUGCGGAUGAUGUUAUAUACAGUAGAAAAAUUAACUAUUUGCGGACGGCGAACGACUGCAGCAGACAUUGCCAGCAGAAGAAGAUUUUCGUAGUGAAGCCUGCAACAAUAUCUAAAUUAGUUGCUGCGAAAAAAUGCUGAACACUAUAAGAUUAUAUGAAAUACGAUUAAAUCACCAGGAAGAAAAAACAAAACAAGAAGGAUGUUUGUUUGUAACAUUACAAAUGAAUAUAUAACAAAAAAUUGGCAUAUGAUAGACUCAAAUGGUUGCUAACUGCACAGAGCUUUUCCCUGCGUCAGUGCUAUCAAUGCUGCUCUCCACAACAGUCCAUUUUCAGCACGACAACCGUGGAAAUACAUGCUAGUAACCUACUUUGUACAUUACCAACUACUGCUCCUGCGGAACCGGCAACGAGAUAUGACAUUAGUAUACCAACACGACGUUUCUUUGCCGGACCUCAAUGGGAAAGCAUACAAUGACCAACUGUAGGAUAAGAAAGAUUGGUCGGUUGUAAGUCAGUUCAAGUGUGAUUUCGAAUCAAACUCUCCCUCCCCAUUUGCUAAGUAAAGAAAGUAAUUUGUAAUUCUCUGUGGGCCAAUUAGAGCAGGAUGAUAACACUGCAAACCAACAUGCGAUCAAUUUUCUGUUUUGUCACUAUGCUCAGGCUUGAGGGAAUAAAAUGUUCAUCGCUACUAGAGGGGAGGGCUGAGUUCCCAAGGCAUGAUCUGAAACGGUUAAAAAUAUCAAACAAAGUAACAAUAACGUUAAUAAGUUAUAGUAGUUAGUUUGAUGAGAUGAUAAUACCCGUGGCAAAGUUAGUGGAAAACUGUGUAAUCCUAUAUUGUUGAUAGACAAAAAACAUUGAGAUAGAAAACGUGAAAAUAAUGUCAAGUACAGACACUUUUUAAAGGAUUAUAUCUUAUUAGGAAAAAAAAGCAAACAUUAGUAGCUUUACAUAACACAUUCGUACAUAAUGAAGAAUAUACACCUUCGUACCCAUUGAGACACCUCCACGCAUUGCAAAAUACCCACGUACACAGACGGACAGAGAUAGCUUUGCACGAUCAUCUUAAAGCAAACCCAAAAUCCGACACAUAUGCAUACACACGUAACCGUAACGUAUUAGCUAAUAAUAGAGAAUGUAAGCGAGAACGUCGUCAAAGUUGUUGGCCCUUCUUGGGAUCGUCACCACAAACUAUUGCCAGGUCGUAAGUGUUUGUUACUAAUUUUUGGUACUCGGGCAGUCCAAAGUUUAGUGCUGAUAUCAGCUGAGUUAAUGCUAUGGAAUAUUCGGUUUCAAUCGAGUCCAAAAUUCAGUUUGUUAUAACAGAUGUUCAAAGUCGGCUUUGUUAAUUUAAUGGGAAAUAAUUGCAUGCAUGUAAUUCCCGGCUUAUUAGAAUGGUGCUACAUUCUAUUUUAAUUUGCAUUGAACUACAUGUUCUUUUCCAUGUUUUUGCUCCCGUGUUCAGCUGUGAUGCCUGGAAUUCCCUUGGCUAUAACAUUGUUUGAUGCUGAAAAUCAAUACAUUUUAAUUGUUGGAUGAGUGUCUAACUAUCGUUUUCCUCGGUAUGUUUUGAUUCCUGUUUUAUUGGAAAUGUUGAUACGUGGAUUGUAGCCGUAAUAUUGGCUAAAUAUUUCAAAAAGAAGAUUUAUCGCUGCAACUGGCAAAUAAGACGCCCUGACCAAUUUAUUUUUGAUUUUAUUAUUUACUAGUUUAUAUAGAAGCAAAAACUGAGUCAUAUAACACAUGAAAUUAAAGUUUUAUGACAAUAAUUCAAAUAUAGGUCUCGAAUUAUAUUAAAGAUCCUUUUUAAAUAAUAUUACACUUCCUUGUCUUCACUUCAACUUACGUUUAAAAAAGUCUAUGAAAUGCAUAAUAUUUUACUUGAGUUUAAAAGUUUAAACAAAUAACUUCAACCAAGUCUAAUAUACUAAGUGCUUCAUUAGGCACCGUUAGGCGGAAAAGGUGGCGGCUCGGUAAGAAUUGCAAUAUAAAAUAUUUAUAUACUGGCAUUAUUGACGAUCCCAAAAAAUUAAGAAAAAUUUUGGCCUCGCGGCAGACCAUAAGGACACAGCGCCCGUUGUCAAGCCGGAAUACAAAAUUUGAGAUAAAAGUAAAAUUAUAUGGUUCGGAAGCAGUGACGAAGCGUAGCGUCUACAGGGUAGAAAAUAUGUGUUUUUAUAGCAAAUAUUAAACAUACCAACCAACAACUACCAAACACAAACAAGGCCAGCGUAAUGUUAGUAGAAAGCCAACACAAGUCGCGGGUGCGACAGCAAAACAUAGGGCUUUAAUGUCACUACUUAUCCUUGUUUUCCACAUUUUGUUCUGUCCGUUCGUAGGCAUAUAACUAUCUAUUAUUGUUGGUUAGUUUAUGGACGAUUACUCACAGGCUAAAAUAGAAUAGAUGGCAUAUUAAGACAUGAAGCUAUCACUGGGUUGCCAUUGAUUUGUGAGAUGUAGAACUACAGCAGAAUUUUUAUUGAAAUGAGAUUUUAUACACUAUUGAAACCAUAACAACUACUACUAUCCAGAACAGACUUAACGGUUAACGGACUCGAUAGGAAAGGACUCGUCACACACAGAGAAUAUUGCAUGGCAUGUACAGGAGAAACAGUGAAGCAAAUAAAAUCACGUGGAAAAAAAUCAGCGCAGGUGACAGCGAGGGUACUAUUGAGAACUCUACCCCGGUGGAUUACAUUAUAUCCAAUGGAAGUAAGCGCAUGUUAUAUCGAUUAUACAUACCUAGAUAAGAAGUAGAACAACAGAGUCAGAGCCAGAACGAAAACGUAUUUGUUUUUCUUUCUUACUGUUUAAUCUAUUUAUUUUGAACAACGGAGACUUGAGGCGUAUGAAAGCUGUAAUAAUAACGAUAUAAAUAUAAUUGAAAAAAAAAAAAGCAAAACCACUCUGUAGAGAAGUAGCGAUUAAUCUAGUAAUAA